AGCCGCAAUUCGCGACGACCGCUCAAACACACCACGACAAAGCUCUCUUACGAUCACCAAUCGACAAAACUUUCUGUACGGACCAUCGGCGCUAAAAUCCCUGAAGAGAGCUACAGGUUUCUCUUUAAUUCUCAAGUUGCAGCCCCGGCGGGGCCCUCUAUACCCAGCUCCUAGCUCCUCAAAGACCCGAUACCCGUCCGAAACAAGUAACACCAAAGACGCAGCACCCGCCUUCUCCAACGUCCAAGAUGCCUACCGCUGGGCUCAAGACCAUCAUCGCCCUCUCCUUCGUUCUCGCUGUUGGGUUCCUCCUCGUAAUUCUCUCUUGCGCCCUUUGGAAGGUCUACUACCCGCUUCUCGUCGUAGCCACCUAUGUUCUGGCUCCGAUCCCCAACUGGAUCUGCUCCCGAUGCGCCAACCCCGAUGACUUUGUCGAGGGCUCCGGCGCUGCCGUGCUGGAUCUCGGCCGCUUUUGCACCGGAUUCCUGGUAGUCAUGGGAAUUGCCCUGCCCGUCGUCCUUGCCCACUCCAACCUUAUUCAGGUCGAGGCCAUGGUCAUGUCAAUAAUUGGCGGUCUCCUCAUUUACGGAACCAUCAUCAGCUUCGGCAUGUUCUUCCAGGAGGAGCAGGAAUUCUGACUGAGAAGGGAGUCGCGACGGCCUAGCACACAUUAAUCCGUAUGAGCAGAAGAGGAACAGCGGUAGAGAGGGGAGAGACCCCGCAUCGAAUUCAGAUUGGCGACGGGCCUGUACAGUACGACACGGUGCCGGAAUAACGAAGGCGCUCUCGGGUCUGGGAUUUCGGUAUGGGAGGAGGGACUGGGAUGGGUCGCGCUUGGCUUUGCUCUGUCUUCAUCUGUAUAUCCAGCAUCAUCCCGUGAGGCGGGCGUUUUCCUUUUUUUGUCUCUCUCGCUUUGCAGUGCAAAAAAGAACCAUUUAAUUCUAACAGCAGUGUCA